AUGGCGGAUGGCAGCGGGCGCGCCGGCAAGAGCGGCGGAGGUGCUGCGGGGAAGGCGGGGAUGUCGGCGGAGCAGGUGAUUGCCGGGUUUAACCGACUACGGCAGGAACAGCGGGGCCUGGCAUCCAAAGCUGCUGAACUGGAGAUGGAGCUGAAUGAGCACAGCUUGGUGAUUGACACCCUGAAGGAGGUAGACGAGACCCGCAGGUGCUACCGCAUGGUGGGAGGGGUGCUGGUGGAGCGGACUGUGAAGGAAGUGCUGCCUGCCCUGGAGAGCAACAAGGAGCAGAUCCAGAAGAUCAUCGAGUCACUCACACAGCAGCUACAGGCCAAGGGCAAGGAGCUCAAUGAGUUCCGGGAAAAGCACAACAUCAGGCUUCUGGGCGAGGAUGAGAAGCCCUCGGCCCCUGUGGCCCCUGACGGGCCAGGCCCAGGCACCAAGGGUGGCUCUGCCGGAGUCCUGGUAUCGUAGGAUGAUGGUCCGACCCCCUUUGCUCCUAUCACCCCCUCCAAAUUCUCUCUGCUGUUGUCUAUUUGCUUCUUUUUUGUUGUUGUUAAUUAAAUGUUUUGGUCAGAACAUUUA